AUGAAAAAAAAACAUACCCGUUCCUUGACUAUGUGUAGCCAUGUUGGUUUUGAAAGUUUACCUGAUCAGCUAGUCGAUAGAUCAAUUCAGCAAGGCUUCUGUUUUAAUAUUCUCUGUGUGGGGGAGACUGGAAUUGGAAAGUCAACACUGAUUAACACACUGUUUAACACUAAUUUUGAAGAACUUGAAUCCUCACAUUUUUGCCCAUGUGUUAGAUUUCGAGCUCAGACAUACGAACUCCAGGAAAUUAAUGUUCGCUUGAAACUGACCAUUGUAAAUACAGUGGGAUUUGGUGACCAAAUAAAUAAAGAAGAGAGCUACCAACCAAUAGUUGAUUACAUAGAUGAUCAAUUUGAGGCCUGUCUCCAAGAAGAAUUGAAGAUCAAGUGUACUCUUUUUAACUACCAUGAUUCUCGUAUCCAUGUGUGCCUCUACUUCAUUGCUCCAACAGGCCAUUCUCUAAGGACACUUGACCUCUUAACCAUGAAGAGCCUGGACAGAAAUGUGAACAUCAUACCAUUAAUUGCCAAGGCAGAUACAAUUUCUAAAAGUGAAUUACAGAAGCUUAAGAUGAAACUUAUGAGUAAAUUGGCCAUCAAUGGUGUUCAGAUUUAUCAGUUUCCAAGAGAUGACGACACUACUGCCAAGAUCAAUGGUGCAACGAAUGGACAUUUGCCAUUUGCUGUUGUAGGAAGUAUGGAUGAGAUACAAGUUGAAAAUAAGAUGGUCAAAGCUUGCCAGUAUCCUUGGGGUAUUGUACAAGUGGAAAAUGAAAAUCAUUGUGUGCGGGAAAUGCUUAUUUGUACAAACAUGGAGGAUCUGCAGGAGCAGACCCAUAUGAGGCACUGCGAGCUUUACAGGCAUUGCAAAUUGGAGGGAAUGGGGUUUGCAGAUGUGGGCCCAGAGAACAAGCCCCUGAGUCUUCAAGAGACUUAUGAAGCCAAGAGACAUGAGUUCUAUGGUGAAUGUCAGAGGAAGGAAGAAGAGAUGAAGCAAAUGUUUGUGCAGCGAGAAAAGGAGAAAGAAGCUAUUUUGAAAGAAGCUGAAAGAGAGCUUCAGGUCAAAUUUGAGCACCUUAAAAGAAUUCACCAGGAAGAGAGAAUGAAACUUGAAGAAAAGAGGAGAAUUUUGGAGGAAGAAUCAAUUGCUUUCUCUAAGAAGAAGGCUACCUGUGAUCUGUUCCAGAGCCAGUCAUUUCUGGCUUCAGGUAGCAGUAUUAAAAAGGACAAAGACAAAAAGAAGUAA